GCUGCACGUCUGCAUGUUGGUGUGUGUGUGUCUGUAUGGCUGCUGUUGCGGUGCGCAAGCGCACAUGCGAAGUGUUUCGCUAUGUGAAAGCAGGUGCGUUUACCAUUCUGCGGUUACCCACGACCACGAUCAGACGCGCUCAAAAACGACGUCGCGUAAAAGCAUUUCGAAUUCUUAACCAACAAUUGAGAAAAUAACGAGUAUUUUCGAAAACGUUUAAACACUUAUAAAUCAUUUUGAAAUAUCUGAAGCUGCGGUUAAUGUGUAUAAAUGAAAAAGCGAUCACUUCUUAGCAAAAUAAUAUAAUGACAUAUUGUUUAGUUCGGCGAAACACGAUUCGUUGAAAGUGCAAGGAUAAUGCCAUGUAUAUUAACUGUCGGCGCAAGCAAAAAGUGAUUUGAAAAAGGUGUUAAACUUUUGUGACUUGAAAUUUAUGUUAAUUACUUACAUAUUUAAGGACAUACAGUGCAUGCUAAAAGUUGGCAAUUUAAGAUUUUAAGGCGUUCGUGAAAGUUGAGCAAUAAAAAAAUAUAUAUCUAACGCUGCUGCCUCAGCUACUACAACUUCGCAUCUCAGCAACUUUAACUUCACAACAACUAUCGCUUCCUGUGCUCAUCUUCUAUCGCUUUACAACUAUUUCCAAUACAAAAACAAUUGCAAAUAAUAUUUUAUUAGUUGCAAAGUCAAAAACAAACGAAAUAGAAGAAGAACUGCAUUUUUUUGCCAUUUCCAUUCUGUCAAUUUCUGCCUUUUUCGCCAAUUUCUUUACACUCUUUUACACCUGUUGCGCGACCACGACGAGGAGAAGACGACGUCUGGUCUGCAUGCCGUUUGUUGUUGCAUGUGGCAAGUAUUUAGACUCAAGGUAACUAGUUAGUGAGUGUGCAUGGCUUUGUGUAUGUGUGUAUUUGUGAGCUGUAUAUGUGUGACCCACUUGCAGCCGCCAAGUAGCAAAUUGAAAAAUAAAUAAAACAAAAAGACAGAGCGAAAAAAAUCGCAAAAGAAAAACUUACAUAAAAAAAAAUCGAAAGAAAAAAGAACAAUUUAACUAAAACAAAGAUAAACUAUGCGCAAUCACAAAAACAACUAAUAAUAAUAACAACUGCAAGCAGCUUGAGCCGACAAGCAACGAAACGAAUGAAAAAUUAAAAAAAAAAUAACAACAACAAAAAAGUUUUUUAACAACGCGGCCUAUGCGCUUCUUUGCGAUUUUCACUUAAGGAAUUCCCAGCAGCAGCAGCAGCAACAACAACAAAAACAAAAGGCCAGGGAGCAGCAGGAAAUAGCAUAGCUCAUAUCACACGGCCAACACUCGCGCAGCGCCAGCAAAGUUGCGGUCAACAUUUUACAACACUAAUAAUUCAAAAUUGUUGUUGUAGCGGCUUUUUACAACCUCAAAUUUGCGCUUCUCCGGUUGCCAACGUCCGUGGAGACCUUACAACAGCUCCGCUCCGCUCCUCUCCCAGCUGCCCAAAUAUAUAUUUAUGUGUCACGCGCACACCAACAACAACAAUCACAACAACCGUAAAAAAGCGUUGUGGUACCAAUCAAAUUGAAGCGUGUGAAUAAAUUGGCCAGCAGUCGCCACAACGCCGGUAAUCAGAAAUUUUCACAGUCGCUGGGCGAGCGCAAAACGAACGAGCGUGCAAGACAUUUUAAUCGCUGGUCCGACGUUCGCCUGCAGCCAGUUGUUGCCAUCAACGCCUGCGACGUCUGCGGAAUUCACUGUUUGUUUUUUGUUUUUGUUCGCUGUUUCGCUUUUUAUAGCCUGAACUAAGCUUUGGCGUACGCGCGUGUAGGCGUUUUUCUAUUAACCACUGAACAAAUUGCCAAGCAAAGCUAAUCGAAUUCGCUUCAGUUUUUGAUUGCAGUUUUUACGCUACAAACACGACACCAACAACAACAAAGAGUAACAUAAACGUCAACAGACAAUAAAAGCUAUCAUAUAUCGACGAUAAUAAACAACAACAGCAAACAACAAAAACUACGACACAACAACAGUCACGUACGAAGCUAAAGGAAAUCCAAAACAGUAGCAACACAACAACAACGCCAACAAAAUGAGAAAGAUGCGGAUCAAAAAGAUUUUAUUGACUGUUAUGGUUUGCCUUUCACUGCAGAUCACGCUUGCAGAUGAUGUCGACGUAGUCAAAGCCAUCACUGGCACAGAGGAAAUAUCCGAGCAUGACAACGAGGUGGAUCAGGUGGCGCUGGAAUCGGAAUCGGAGCCACAGCAACCGCCAAAAGUGCUAUAUCAGCACAACAUUCAACAACAACAACCAGGACCAGGACCAGCACGAAGCAAUCAUCAGAGCAUUCCACUCAGCCUGGGACAACCUUUCGGCCCACCGCCACCACCAGCACAGUUGGCCUACCAAGGCCCACCGCCGCCACUACCACCACAACGGCCGCCACCACAGCAAGUGCAUGCGCAACAAGUGCUGCCCGAUUUGAGCGUUGGCGCCUCAAGCAAUAACGAGAUCUGGUCGUCGCCCGUGCAGGACAUGCCGAAAAUAAUCUCACUGGAUGUAAAGUGCGAAAAGAACGGCAUGAAAGUAUUUGUGAAAUUCGAUAAACCAUUCUAUGGCAUUGUCUUCUCAAAAGGACACUACAGUAAUAUGAAUUGCGUGCAUUUGCCGUCGGGACUAGGACGCACUUCGGCCACUUUCGAUAUUGGUCUGCAUGAGUGCGGUACAUCUGGAAAUACUGAAAAUGGUUUGUACGGUUAUGGACAUGAAUCUGGUUCGGGUACCUACUUUGAGAAUAUUAUUGUCAUACAAUACGAUCCACAAGUGCAGGAGGUGUGGGAUCAAGCGCGUAAGCUACGUUGCACAUGGCACGAUCAGUAUGAGAAAAGCGUGACCUUCCGGCCAUUCCCCGUGGAUAUGUUGGAUGUGGUGCGCGCAGAUUUUGCUGGCGAUAAUGUAGGCUGUUGGAUGCAGAUUCAAGUUGGUAAAGGACCAUGGGCCUCAGAGGUUUCUGGUUUGGUGAAGAUCGGACAAACUAUGACUAUGGUGUUGGCUAUCAAGGAUGACGAUUCCAAAUUCGAUAUGCUUGUGCGAAAUUGUGUGGCUCACGAUGGCAAACGUGCCCCUAUACAAUUGGUCGACCAACGUGGUUGUGUCACACGACCGAAAUUAAUGUCGCGCUUUACAAAAAUUAAGAAUUUCGGCGCAUCAGCGUCUGUGCUCUCCUACGCACACUUCCAAGCAUUCAAAUUCCCCGACUCCAUGGAGGUACACUUCCAGUGCACAAUACAAAUCUGUCGCUAUCAAUGUCCCGAUCAAUGUUCAGAGCCCAAUCUGCAAGAAGUGCAUCAUCUACAAGUCGGACCAGAGUCACAAUAUGGCCCACCACCGCCACAAUUGCACGUCGACACUUAUCAUGUAAGCAGUGGCAUCGGCAAGCGGCGUGACGAGCGACGUGUACAACGUCGUACACGUGCCGUCGAUUCUGAACCAGAAGUAGGUCUGAAUCGUAUCAUUAAGGUCGUCUCUUCGGGUGAUCUCACCUUUGCCAUUGACGAUCAGGCGAAUGGCACAACCGCAGCCACACCACAAACAAUGGUCUUUCCAGCACGCGAAGAUGGUCUAAUUUGUAUGACGACGCCUGGUUUCGCGAUCACAUUGAUUAUACUACUAGGUAUACUCGUAACUUCCUGUCUAAUAUCAGCCGUACUCUAUGUACGUUUGCGGCCGUUCUCCUCCUUUGCUCAUUCGGAGAAAGAGCGUGCUGUGGCUUAUACGAACCCACAAUUAGCUGGCGCUAUGCCCGUCAUACAAAUACCAGGACCACCAAGUAUCAGUCAAGGUACUUUGACGAAGUCACGAACGCAUACAUGAACGACAAACGGUGAAAAAAAACAGGCGAACAUAAUGAAAUACGAAUUGGACUCGGCAUAACGAGGUGUCUUUAUCACACACAUACACUUACUAAUGCGCGCGAACAGCAUAGCUAUAUUUAGUUCCGAUCCGAUGCGAACUGAAUGUGCGCUGCAUCGACUGGGCUUUAUACAACACAUUCACAACAGUCUUCUUUCGUUUGCAAAGGCCUCUGGGGCAGUUUGUUAGUUAAGAUAUGAAAAUGUGGUCUUCGGACCACAACACAUAACACAUAGGGUAAUGUAAUUUUAGUUUUUAACUACAUACAUAUUUAUUUUUCAACGCUUUUACAAAGUUUAAUGGAGUUAUUCGACGGUUCAAAAGUAACGAAUCCGAAUAUUUGUUGUUAAAAUUGAUAAUAUUUCGACGAGCCUUUCGAGUCUGUUUGGGCCUUCUGUAUUGGUGGCAGUCUAGCGCGUACAAUUUUAGUGUUUAUAAGCAAUAUAGAAAUGAAGUUUAGUUUUUAGCGAUUCUUAAGUAAUGUAUUGAGUUGAAGAACAUAAAGAUAUGUACAAUAAACAAAAUCCGGUGCUAAGCCAUAUUCAAAGUUCAAAUGCAUCCAAGUGACCUUUGUACAAAGGCUAUAUUGAUUCAUAAUACGCCAAGCAUAUGCUCUGUAGUAGUGCUAUCUAUAAAUCGGUAGUAGAAUAAAUGGUAUAUAUGUUCAAAAUUACGGUUAAUUGUUUGAAUUAAAAUUCAGCUCGACUAACGUAAAUUUUAAUGAAUUCAGCAAGACACUAAAAUAUAUAUAGACAAAUUCAGCGCCUUGAAAUGUAUUCAGCGCAUUUUAAACAUGCAAACAUGAUCACUAUUAAAUCUAAUUCAGCUCACUUUUAAUUAAUUUAACAUCAUGCACAUUGUGUAUUAGAAUGUUAGUUAUCAUUUUCUAUCCAUAGAUUGAUAGUAGCAUAUAUGGUAUAUGUAUUAAAAAUUACGGCUAAUUGUCAGAAUAGUAAUUCAGCGUGACUACCGUUAAUUUGAUUGAAUUCAGCAAGACAUUACCAUAUAUAUAGACAAAUUCAGCGCUUUAAAAUUUAUAUUGCGUAUUAAACAUAAAAGAUGUAAAUAACGCUACACUAUUUAUGUAAUUAGCGUUGCUAAAAUGAAUUCAGCUCAUUUUUAAUCAAUCGAACAGCAUACAAAUUAUAUAUAAAUAAGUUUAGCCUAAAAUUUCAGUUAUUCGGCGCAUAUAUAGUUUAAAAAAAUAAUUUCUUAAUUAAUUUACAUAGCUAAAAAACACAUUCAGCCAAAAAAUUUUGCAUAAGGUUCAGCUGCAACAAAUUCAGCACAUAUCUCCACUACUCAGACUAUAAUUGUUAAUUGAAAUAGUUUUUAUUUGGUUGCUUUUCAACGUCGGUUUUAGCCCAAUGGUAUAUAAUAGAGUUCGAUUAUUUUUGUCUUAAUUCAGCUAUUCAGCACUGUUACGAAAUUUGAAAAUGUUAUAUAUAUUUAUAUUUUUUAAUGUAGAAACAUAUUUUUUUGAUUGUGUCAUGCCGAUGAAUGCAAAAAAUUAAUUCAGCUAAAUGCCUUUGGUGCAGUUUUUUAUAAAAUUUCUGCUUUGUACUUGGUACUCGUACAACAUCAUUUACCUCUUUUAUAUAAUGCUUUACUUUGCCUACUAUAUUGUUUUUAUAGACUUUUAUAUAGAAAAAAGAAAAAAUAUAUAAAUAAAAUACCGUUAAAUUAAAGAAAACAAAAUAAGAAAUAGUAACCACACAACAAAAAACAAAACAAAGUUAUUAAAUAAUGUAAUUAAAGUUUAAAAGCAAGCUUGAAUUAGUCACUAAAUAUUUUAAGUGCGUUCAUUAGUUGUAAGUAUUAAAAAUAUUAUAAAAAAUAAAAAAUAAAUAACGGAUAUAAAAAUAGACUUAAUUAUAAAAUAAAAAAAAAACAAUUAUUAAUUUAUAUAUAUAAUGCUUAUUUUAAAACUAAAAAAAUACUUUCUAAUAAUUUUCUUGUUAUUUCUUCGACUGAACACCUUUUGCAAACGUUAAUUAUCAGCAACUAGUUAAAUUUAUGUUAAAAUAUUUAUUAACAUAUUUAAUUGAUAAUUUAUUAUUUAUUUAUUAAUACGAGAUAAUGCUUCUGAAAUAUUGAAUGUACAAUGUUUAUCAUAAAUAUUUUUUAUUUAUUUACAUACAUG